AUCGAACGCAUGCGCAGUCGUACAAACAGUCUCGAGCCAAACAGAGAACCCUAAACAUGCUAAUCAAAACAUUGCUGCUUUGCUUUUUGGCGCUGGUGAUGUGUCUGCAGGUCUCAACGGCUAGGCAAUAUCAGUUUAUACCCGGGCGGUGCACUGUCCAACCAGGUCUAGAGAAACAAGUUGGGGGUCCAUUCACAAUCUGCACAUUUCCCCCAAAACACGUGAGGCCCACUCAAGAGGAUAUAAAUGCGGUGAUCCAACAUAUACAAUCAUUAAGAUUAGGUCACGUUCAAUAGAGGGGGGUUUCUUUUAAAAAAAUAAACCUUCUGAUUUCUCAAAAACAAA